CCUCUCUCUGGUUCACACUUCACGCACGCACCUCUCCCCUUUAUAGGCUCAGGCCUCCUUCCUUCCUUCCUUCCUUCCCAACCAACCCCAACCGUUGGAGUGUCUCUCUCUCUUGAAAUUGCCAUCAAAAUGCCAAGCAUUGCAGUAGCUACAGAGGAUGAAGAUAAGCCAUUAGGCAAUGCGGAUAUCAAGAACACAGAUAUACGACCUUCUUCUUCUUCGUCGUUGUGUCUUUCCCUGAAGAGAAAACGACCACUCAUGAUUGAGAUUCCACAGGUCUUGAGGGAAAUACACACAGACAAGCUCGUAUUCCAUGAGAAGACGGUCGGAGACCAACCCUUCGGCUUCAAUGAAUCCGAAGUUGGGGUUUUCUCUAUGAAGGGGAAGAAAAAGGUUAUGGAAGAUACCCACAAGAUUGUUUCUGUUUCUGCCUUAAAUGGGGAUUCUAGGAAGGGCUUUUUUGGGGUUUAUGAUGGACACGGAGGUACAAAGGCAGCCGAAUUUGUUGCAGAGAAUUUACAUGGGAAUAUAUUUGAAAUGCUGGAUAAGAGUGGAGGUAAUAUGAAGAAGGAAGAUGCAAUAAAAGCUGCAUAUCUCAAGACAGACCAGGACUUCUUGAAACAGGGUUUAGGCAGUGGCACUUGCUGUGUGACUACCCUGAUUGAAGGGGGCGAUAUUCUUGUUUCAAACCUAGGAGAUUGCAGGGCAGUUCUCUGUAGAGAUGGCAAGGCUGAAGUUCUCACUAAAGAGCACAGAGCUGGACAGGAAGAGGAGCGUCAAAGAGUUGAAAACAAGGGAGGAUAUGUAGAGAUGCACCGAGGAGCUUGGAGAAUCCAUGGAAUACUCUCUGUUUCUAGAAGCAUUGGAGAUGUUCAUUUGAAGGAGUGGGUAAUGGCUGAGCCUGAAACAAGGAUCCUACAUUUGACUCCAGACAUGGAGUUUCUUGUCCUAGCCUCAGAUGGACUAUGGGAAAAGGUGGGUUGUCAGGAAGCUGUUGAUACUGCAACACGCAGCUGUUUGGCUGCAAACAAGCAGAGAUCAAAUGUUCUUUGGAAGGAAGACGAUGGGGAGUCUGAUUGUGACAAUGCAAUUCCUCUAUCCAAGGCACGCAGGAUUUCCCUGGUAAAGCAACAAAAAAUGAAGAAUCACUUUCCAAGAAAAGAAAAUAGUGGGUACAAGAAAAGUAAUCUUAGGAAAGAUGAAAAUGAGCCUAAUGGUGACAACCUGAGUCCAUCAUCAAAGUUACAGAGGUUUUCAUUGAUCAAGCAACAGAAAAUGAAGAUUCAUCUACAAAAUCAAGAGAACAACCACCAUCAGCAGAGACCAACUACCAGUGGGCUCAUGGCAGCUUGUAAGGAGUUAGUGAACCUUGCUGUGAACAGAGAAAGUUUGGAUGAUAUCACUGUCAUGAUCAUCAAUCUAAAGAAAUUCCAAUGCAUUCCUGCUUGCUUUUCAUCUGGAGAGAAGCCUACUGAUGAUCCAGCCGCCGUGACCAGGUCAGGCCAGAGUGUGUUCGUGUCAGUCUAUCGGACAAAGAUUGCCGGUCAGAGUCAUCUGAUCACCAUCACAUGGUGCAAGAAUCUACUCCUCCAUGGGCUCUCUGUCUCGGUGGAAGGCCCAGAGGGAGAGAGCCACUAUAGCUGCAAGGUUGAGCUGAAGCCCUGGUAUUUCUGGAGGAAGCAAGGUUCCAAGCGAUUCAUGGUGAAAGGCAAGGCUGUUGACGUCUUCUGGGAUCUAAAAUUGGCGAAAUUUAACGGAGAGACAGAGCCGCAGUCGGAUUACUACGUCGCCGUGGUAUGUGAAGAAGAAGUUGUGUUAUUGCUUGGUGACCUGAAGAAGGAUGCUUACAGAAAAACAGGGUCCAGGCCAGCUUUAACGGGGCCUAUCCUGGUUUCAAAGAAAGAACAUAUUUUUGCUAAGAAGAAGUUCUCCACAAGGGUCAAGUUCCAUGAAAAAGGCAGGUUUCAUGAGAUUUCCAUAGAAUGCAACAACCUCCACCACCAUAAUAGCAGUAACAGUAGCAGUAACAACAGUUCUGGUAGUGGUGGGCUUGAUCCAGAAAUGAAGAUAAGGAUAGAUGGGCACUUAGCCAUUAAUGUGAAGCACCUCCAAUGGAAAUUCAGAGGUAACGAGCGUAUAUCUAUGAGUAAAUUUAGAGUGGAAGUGUAUUGGGAUGUCCAUGAUUGGUUGUUUAGUCCUGGUCUACGGCAUGCAUUGUUCAUAUUCAGGCCAGUAUCAUUAUCCACAUCUCCAUCAUCGACGUCGACUUCCUCGUCGCCGCCGUUGUCGUCAUUGACGUCAACUCCGGUGUCAUCUCAGACGGCGGGUUCUAGUUCAGUAGAAGAAUAUAAUGCAAGUGUCUCAUCUGGGUUUUGCUUAUUUCUCUAUGCUUGGAAGGUGGAAUGAUGAAUUUGAGUUAAAGACAAGGGUGAUAUUAUCAUUCUUGAACAUCUCCAGCUUUACUGAAGGUAACAGAGCUGAAAGAGGCAAGUGGGUCUUGGCUAUAUCUUCAUGGGCAUGGUUGAUGUAGGUUCUGAUGAACUCUGGAGAUUAGGUUUCUCAGGCUCAGUUUCAAGUUGGAACAUAAUCCAGAGAGAGAGAGAGAGAGAAUGCUAAGGUGGCCAUCACAUGGGAAGGUGGUGGCCCCCCAAUGGAGGGGUUGGAAGUUUGUAACAGCUGGUAGUGAUUAGAUGUACAUGAGUGGCCAGGACAGAUUGGAUCACAAACAUGCCCAAUAAUUCCCAAUCUAGAGGCAUCUCAUAUUCAACUUUUCUCUCCCUUAUUUUAAUCUUUUGAACUCACUUCCACAACCCUCUCUCUCUCUCAUCUUGAUAUGAGAGAACUUUCUGUAUAUGUAUUUGUUUAGAGGAAAAAGGUUAACGAUUGGGCAUAGGUGAUUGAAUCAAGCACAUGAUAGAAGGGCUUUGAUGUGUGAGUGUGUUGUGUAAUGGUGGGGUUGUGGAUGUUGAUGGGAUAGGGACUAGGGAGCACUGAUUUGUAAAACCUUGUGAAUGUGCAAAUGCAUGUGCACAGGGACAUGUAGUUUUUGUUUUUUGGUUCCUUCUAUUCUUUCUCUCUUUCCUUGUUUUGUGGUUCCAAAUUCGAUGAAGCUGAAAAUUUUAAGAACAUUUUGUUAUGGUUAA